AUGACCAAUUUUGAUGAAUCUCAAUCUGAAUUUCAUAACGAUGACCCUUUCGAAAAUUAUGAAAAUGCUCAGGAUGAUACGCCACCUAAUAUGACAGAUUUUGGUAAAAAAACUCGAUCAGUUAUGGAAAAUUUUAAAAGAUGUUGUGAAGAAUUUAAAUUUGAUAAUAAUAUGAUCAUGGAAUUUACCGUUCAUCAAAUUAAAGAACAACGUAAAAUUUUUCGUAAAUUCGUAAAAGGUUCAACCAAAUUUAGCGAAAAUUUAGAAGAAUAUGCGAAUGAUAUUUUGUUUUUCGCGGAUAGUUUUAAAAAUAAUCGUUAUUCCAAUGAAGAAUAUUUAGAAAUAUUAAAUGACCUUUUGAUAAAAUCUAAAGAAAAUGAUAGAUUAAUUAAAGAAUUAAAAAAUAUUAUAGUUACUAAAGAAAAAAAUGUUAAUGAAACUGAAGAUAUGGGCAAAAUCCUUGAAGAUAUUAAAAAUUAUGAACCUACAAAUUUUGGAAUUGUGAAUAAAUUAACCAUGAUUGAAAUUUUUUUAUCAGAAUAUAUUGUGAUUAUUGAACAACAUCCAUAUUUAAUUGAGUCAGAUACAAAUAUUAAAAUCGUAAAAGAAGAAAUUGAAAAAAAUAAUUGCAAAGCAAGUUCUUAUACUUUUGGUACAAUUGCAGUUAUCGCUGGAAUUGGAUGUUUAGUUGGACCCGCGGCAGCAACUACGGCUGCGGCCGCUGAAGGCAUUGCUACGUUUUUUGGUUCAUCUCUUGCUAUAAACACAUUUUGUAGUUUUGUAGAAUAUAUCAGAGCUGGUAAAAAGGAGGGGAAAAUUAAAGAUCUUGAAAAAGAAUUAGAUAUUGAAGUUGACGAAUUGGUUAGGAAAAUAAAAUCAUUUACGAAAAAUUUAUAUUUAAUAAUUGAAGAGAUCAGCCCAAUUGAAAGAUUUUGGGAAAGUCAAAUUUUAAGAAUUAAUGAUCUCAUAAAAAAACUCGAAAAAUUAGAAGAAGUAGAGAAGCGUUAUAAAAAAGACAAAAUUGUCAACUCAAUUGAAAAAAAAUGGAAAGAUGUAGAACGAGAAUGCCAAAUUUAUUCUAAGGUGAUGAAAGACAUAUUGAAUAAGGAGAAUUAA